UGUGCCCUGGAGCUGUUCCCCGAGUGGGUCGUGAGGCUCGGACGGUGUGCUGCCUCUCUUCCCUCAUCCACGCCAAAGUCAAGACUAAGCCUGCGGCCAGCCUCCCUCCCGCGUCCGGGGCACAGAGGCUGCGAGAGCCGGGCUGUGAUUCACCGGCGGGAAGCGAGGGAGGAGGCGCGCGAACUCCAGAGCCAGAACUCAGUAAGUUGGCCCAGCAUAGGCGCCUAGCCUGCAGCGCCGGGGCGGUGGUGCACGGCCUCGUGGGCUCGGCGCGGACUGGGGGACCUGGCCUGGGAUCCCCAUGUGCUUCAACCCCGCUAGGGGACAAAGAAUCGCGGCCGGCCACUCUGCCGAGAAAGAGGAGACCCUCCAUAGCGGGGGUCCAGGAAGCGGCUGCGCCGCCCGGAGAGGGCUUGGAGCCCGGUGAACGCCCAGGAGAGCGUCUGCCCCCCGCGGGUAGGUGAUCGGGCAGCGGCAAGCGGGGUUCCGGGCUGUGUGGCCGCGGGGAGGAGCGCCCCACGCCGCGAGCCGCUUCCGGAGCGGUCCAGGUGUUGGCACCCCUGGCCCCGGCGCUCCGGGCGCGCGCCCCGCAUCACUGCCCGCGGUGACUCUGGGUUUGCUUGAUUUCCUUUUCCUUUCUCCCCGGAGAACUUUUGGAUGGAGAUAGCAACUUUUUGGUUUUCAAUGGAAACAGCUCGUGGGAAGCGAGAGAAAGAAAAAGUGAAAGCAGACAGCCGAGCCGCUUCUGCUGAUUUCGCCACCUCGGAUGCUUUUCGCCGGCACUUCUAGAAGCCUGGCGUGGCGGGGCUGGCUGGGCGCGGGGAGGCGGCCCGGAUUCCUUUCCAGGUGGAGACCGCCCCCUCCCCUCCUGCUUCUGGACCAGCCCUUCGCAUGCACGCAAGUGUGCGCGGGCGCAAGUGCAGAGUGCGAGGUUCUGCGCGGGGCGUCGCUGCCAGCACCCGAAUAAAUGGCCCCCAGGGGCUGCGUGGGGCCUCCACCUCCGCCACCUGGGAGGGCCUGGGUCUGGCCCGGGAAGGUGUUAGCUAUGGGUGCCCUAGCUGGCUUCUGGGUGCUCAGCCUCCUCACCUAUGGAUACCUGUCCUGGGGCCAGGGCUUAGAAGAGGAGGAAGAAGGGGCCUUGCGAGCUCAAGCCGGAGAGGGCCUGGAGCCCCACACCCCGGCCACCUCCCAGCCCCACAUCAUUUUCAUCUUGGCGGAUGAUCAGGGAUUUCGGGAUGUGGGUUACCACGGAUCGGAGAUCAAGACGCCCACUCUGGACAAGCUGGCUGCCGAAGGAGUUAAACUGGAGAACUACUAUGUCCAGCCCAUUUGUACACCAUCCAGGAGUCAAUUUAUUACUGGAAAGUAUCAGAUACACACAGGACUCCAGCACUCUAUCAUAAGACCCACCCAGCCCAACUGUUUACCCCUGGACAAUGCAACCCUACCUCAGAAGCUGAAAGAGGUUGGCUACUCAACACAUAUGGUUGGCAAGUGGCACUUGGGUUUUUACAGGAAAGAAUGCAUGCCCACUAGGAGAGGAUUUGACUCCUUUUUUGGCUCCCUCUUGGGAAGUGGUGAUUAUUACACACACUACAAAUGUGACAGCCCUGGGGUGUGUGGCUAUGACUUGUACGAAAAUGACAGCGCUGCCUGGGACUAUGACAACGGCUUAUAUUCCACACAGAUGUACACUCAGAGAGUGCAGCAAAUCUUAGCUUCCCAUAACCCUGCAAAACCUGUCUUUUUAUAUAUUGCCUACCAAGCGGUUCACUCACCACUGCAAGCCCCAGGCAGAUACUUGGAGCACCACCGGUCCAUCAUCAACAUAAACAGGAGGAGGUAUGCCGCCAUGCUUUCCUGCUUGGACGAAGCCAUCCACAAUGUGACUCUGGCUCUGAAGGCGUAUGGUUUCUACAACAACAGCAUUAUCAUCUACUCCUCGGAUAACGGGGGCCAGCCUAUGGCCGGUGGAAGCAACUGGCCUCUCCGAGGUAGCAAAGGGACGUACUGGGAAGGAGGGAUCCGUGCCGUUGGCUUUGUCCAUAGCCCACUUCUGAAAAACAAGGGCACAGUGUGCAAAGAACUUGUGCACAUCACGGACUGGUACCCCACCUUGCUUUCGCUGGCCGAAGGGCAGAUUGACGAGGACGUUCAACUCGAUGGGUAUGACGUCUGGGAGACCAUCAGUGAGGGGCUCCGUUCACCCCGAGUGGAUAUUUUGCACAACAUUGACCCCAUAUAUACCAAGGCAAAGAAUGGUUCCUGGGCGGCAGGCUAUGGGAUCUGGAACACAGCCGUCCAGUCGGCCAUCCGAGUGCGCCACUGGAAGCUGCUUACAGGAAACCCUGGCUAUGGGGACUGGGUGCCCCCCCAGGCCUUCAGCAACCUCGGGCCCACCCGGUGGCACAGUGAACGGAUCACUUUGUCCACUGGCAAAAGCCUUUGGCUCUUCAACAUCACCGCGGACCCCUAUGAGCGGGUGGAUCUCUCCAGCAGGUAUCCGGGCAUCGUGAAGAAACUUCUACGGAGGCUUUCACAGUUCAACAAGACUGCGGUCCCCGUCAGGUACCCCCCAAAAGAUCCCCGGAGUAACCCUCGUCUCAAUGGGGGGGUCUGGGGCCCGUGGUAUAAAGAGGAAAAGAAAAGGAAGGCAAACAAGAAUAAGGCCGGGAGAAAGAAAAGUAAGGCAAAGAAGGAGAAAGGGCCGGAAGCACGCUCAUGGCCUGCAGAUUGCCAUGAAGGGGUAAAUCGUGGCUAAGGCAGACAUGCCCUCAGAUUGGCUCAGUUUAGUUUGGUUCUUACUCUUUCACCUGUUCGACAGGUACACCAGCAAUAUUUGGGCUCAGAGUUCCCAUUGCCCCAGGGGCUCAGGUUGCUCGCUGGUCGUGAAGCCUGGACACCCCAAGGAAAACUACUUAUUGCGCCAGGUGCCAAAGGUGCUAUCUCUUCAGGCCACCCCUGAAAAAGAAUACAUGUGUGUAUUGUUCUCCGUCUUUAUAAAACGUGACCAGGCAACUACUGUGCUUCAGUCUAUUGGCCCAGCACCUUUCUCUCAAUCCUGGGAGGGGCUUAGGGCCUGCAAUGCUAAUUUGAUGGAAAUCUAUAGGGUAGCACGAUUAAAAAUGA